AUGGCCACACUUCUGCAUCAUUUCCAGUCGUGGAUGCAGAGGUCCAUUACCGAGACAGAAGAGCGCCUGGAGCGGAAAAUGGUCCAGUAUACAGAGCAGAAGAUCGCUGAGGAGAGGAGGAGCAGCUUCUGGGACAAUCAAGUUCCAUCCCAGGCUCCGGCUGAAGGAGUAGCCUUGCCAAUUAACCUUGCUGGGUUGACUAAUGCUGAGUUGAGGGCAUCUCUGGCCCAGAUGGCACAGGACAUCACUAUGCAGGCUAAGGCCAUGAUUGACCAAGUCAAGGCAAAAUGUUCAGAGGGAGAACCCCCCAGUAUGCCACUUCUUGUGUCUAACAGCAGAGACGAGAUGAGUAGAUUCUUGACAUGGAUUGAUGAGGAUCUUGAGGAGGAGUGUAGGGAAUCUAUGCUUCAUGAUAGCAUGGACCUUUCCAGGCUUAUGGUCCAUGUCCAGCAAGUGGAGGAAAGCAGAAACAGCAAGCACACUAGGGUAGGGAAAAGGUCAAGGCAAGCCGAGGAGAAUUUUUCAAGGAAGAAUGAUGAUGAUGAUGAUAAUGAGGAGGAGGAGGGGGAGGAUGAUGACGAGGAUGACGAUGAGGAUGAUGAUGAUGACGAUGACGAUGAUGACUGA